AUGGACUUCCCUGAAAUGGCUAUGAAGAUUACAUUUACUAAACGUCCUCCACGUCAUACAAUAUUUACGGUUGAAAAUAAUAUUUCUUCUAUAGGAUUUAGUGAAGUUAAAAUAAUCGUUUCAUGCAAUUUAAGUCUCAACAGAAUAACUUCCAUAAUUAAAGGUCUUCAAAUAAGUUCUAAACCACACAUGAAAGGAAAAUGUCCAGAUGCUCGAUCUAAAGAAAACAAAACAGAAAUUAUUACAAGCGGUACACCCACAACAACAACUACAUCUAGAACCAAACGAACAACAUUAAUAUACAUGAAGAAGCGAUACACGAAAAGAAAAACAACAUCAAUAACAUCUACACUACUUAAAAUAGCCACAAUAACUUCAACGUCAUCAUCUACCGCCGGAACAACAAGUUCUUCAUCAACAUCAAUAUUACAAAAAUCUAGAACAACAACAACCAAAGUUACAUAA